AAAGGCGGAUUAACGCUGGAAAGACAUUAAAUCCAACCUCCCUCCAUCCAGAAAGCAGCGCGCAGCCCAUCAACCUGAUCUGAAGAUCGAAAAUAGGAGGGCUUACAGUAAUCAGCCCUCCAGACUCCCAUGACAAGGAAAAGUGUGGCAGCGUCGUGGGAGCGCUCGGCACACACAGCGGGACGUUCAGUGGCGCCGCGCGCUCCGCACGGAACCGAGCAGAUAGCGCGCAGAGACGCGGCGAGAAGCGGGGACGGCGGCGGCGGCGGCGGCAUCCCGUGACGGAUGCGUUUUUUAGCUUCAGUCGGACGCUUUGGAGAGUGACAACAACCGAGAGGCGGAGAGAAGCGGGACGGGGGAAUAACGCGCGUUUUUUGGGGGGGUGGGGGGGAGGAAGGGAUUUGAACAGAGUGCCGUUGUGCUCUUGUCUUCUCCGGAUGCACAGAAAUGGGGGAAUGGACUAUACUAGAGAGGCUCCUGGAGGCUGCUGUCCAGCAGCACUCUACUAUGAUAGGAAGAUCUCCCUCUUUGUCCUCCUCCCAAACGAGACAGCUAAGUAAAUCAACCGGCAGCUGUCUUUUCAGAGCCUGGGAUGGUGCUGCAAAGAUCCUACUAACAGUGGUGGUCAUCUUCCGGAUUCUAAUCGUAGCAAUAGUUGGAGAGACUGUCUAUGACGACGAGCAAACCAUGUUUGUUUGUAACACCUUGCAACCGGGCUGCAACCAGGCAUGUUACGACAAGGCAUUCCCCAUUUCACACAUCAGAUAUUGGGUUUUUCAGAUCAUCAUGGUGUGCACCCCGAGUCUUUGCUUUAUCACGUACUCGGUGCACCAGUCGGCCAAGCAGAAGGAGCGGCGCUUCUCCACCGUCUACCUGACGCUGGACAAGGACCAAGACUCGCUGAAGCGCGACGAGAGCAAAAAGAUCAAGAACACCAUCGUGAACGGAGUACUGCAGAACACGGAGAACUCCACCAAGGAGGCCGAGCCCGACUGCUUGGAGGUCAAGGAGAUCCCCAACUCGGCCAUGAGGACUACCAAGUCCAAAAUGCGGCGGCAGGAGGGCAUCUCCCGGUUCUACAUCAUCCAGGUGGUGUUCAGGAACGCGCUGGAGAUCGGCUUCUUGGUGGGCCAGUACUUCUUGUACGGAUUCAACGUGCCCUCCGUGUACGAGUGCGACCGCUACCCCUGCAUCAAGGACGUCGAGUGCUACGUGUCCCGGCCCACGGAGAAGACGGUGUUCCUCGUCUUCAUGUUCGCGGUGAGCGGCUUCUGCGUGGUGCUGAACCUGGCCGAGCUCAAUCACCUGGGCUGGAGGAAGAUCAAGACGGCCGUGCGAGGCGUGCAGGCCCGGCGGAAGUCCAUCUACGAGAUCCGGAACAAGGACUUGCCCAGGAUGAGUGUGCCCAACUUCGGCCGCACGCAGUCCAGUGACUCUGCCUAUGUGUAACACAUGGUGGUGGGACGGGGGGGGGGGGGGGGGGGGUGUGAAAAGAUGUACAGAAACCAACAUAUGAUGGACAUGAUGGACAGAUGCGCAGCGCGCGCAACUCGUGUCAUGACUUUUUAAGAGUGGGCAGAUUAUCAUUUCGACCCAGUGCAGGCGGGGAGGACACGCGUGCUUCCCCUCAUCUGGUCAUUGCACUGAUGCAACUUUUUUUGGUAACGUUUAUACUCUGUAGGACGCGAAGUGGAGACCAGUGUUACCGCGCGUUCACGUGUUUUACUCUCUCUCUCUGUGUGCGUGUGUGUGUGUGUGUGUGUGGGGGGGGGGGGGGGGGGGGGCUGCUCGAAGAGAGCAAAUGCAAAAAAAAAAGAAAAGAAAAGAAAAAAAGAAUUGCACUAAGGGGUGAACACGUGAAAGCCCGAACCUUGUCCAAACUGUGCUAUCCUGACCUGACGGUGUGUGUGUGUGUGUAGAACAUCUUCUUUCCAACCUGUUUCUGGCACCGGCCUGAUGACAUGGCACCAUGCGCAGUGGUUGCAGGAAAAAUCCAACGUCCAGAUUUAUAUAUAUAUACAUAUAUAUAUAUAUAUGUAUAUAUAUAUAUAUAUGCAUAUAUAUAUAUAUGCAUAAAUAUAUAAAUCCUAUACUGACUAUUCAUGUUUUUCUUUUUCUUCUUUUCGUUGCCUGUGUUGCACCACUGACCUUAACAUAUGUAACCAUUCCAUUGCUUUAUAGCUGACUUGCAAAACAGUAUCUGGAGAAUUUGCUGCAAACGCUAACGUCUGUGACUUCCUUAAUUUAUGACACACCAAAGCGCCCACUGCUUUUAUUUGUGAAGUGUUUUUUUUUUCUUGCUUUUUGUGUAAUCAAGUGCCAUACUUGUAUAUAAACAUAAUAUAUGUAUACAUAUAAAUAUAUAGAUAUAUAAUAAUCAUCAUGAGAGCUGAUUCCCUGCUUGGAUUAUGCUAAAUGCCGCCCAAUUUUUUUUAUUUUAUUUGCUUUCAAUGUAUCUGUUGUGAUUUAAAUGAAAAAAAAAACAAAAAAACAAACAGCUAUACAGUUUUCUCUGUUUUAUUUUGCAAAGGACUGGAAAAAGAAAUGAAGUGCUAGUCUUUUUUUUAUAUACAAGAAGGAAAUGUCUCUCCCCAAUCAACGCUGAUCAAAACUGAAAAAUAGCACAAAA